UAGAGCGUGAAAUAUAUAUAUAUAUAUAUAUAUAUAUUUUUUUUUUUUUUUUUUUUUGGAGGGAAGGGGGCUUCUGUACACACGCUAUCAUGUGCUUAUCAGCCGCCAUUCUUUUUAGUAAGGUAGACAUGGGGAAAUUGUUCGUAUGAACAAUCCAUUUCUACUUAGGUGGUGAAGAGUGAUUACAAUAAUUUUUAUUAUUACCACUUGACCUUGCGCGUGUUAUUUGCUAGAAUGUGUACAGGCAAAGAAUGUCCAAUAAAAUCAACCAAAAUUUCUCCGAACGACUAUUACAGGAUUUGUAGAAUCAAGUACUGAUGGUGACCAGCAACUGAAAUGCAAUUGACUUCUUUUAAUUUGUCCUGUUGGCGGUAUGGCGAACACAAUCUUUCAAGUACUUACUUUGAUGCUGGGUGAGACUUUCAAAGUGCUCCUCGAGUACCGAGUUCGAAUAUUCAGUUGUAGGGCAAUUGUAUUGUAUCUUUAAAAUGUGUGAAUAAAAGUUUUGUUGUUGUUGUUGUUGUUGUUGUUGUUGUUGUUCCUCUAAUAUAAACCUGCCAACAGGGUCCGAAGUGAAGCGGGUCGAAAAAGAAACUCGCCGAGCGAAGAAAGCUGAGGUUGGCCUAGGGCAGAAAAGUGGGGAGGUGGAGCCUGUAGACUUUGUUUUGAGGCCAUCUAUCCGCCCACUUGCAAUUAUCUUGCAACACAUGCGUCAAUAACAUGCUAAUAAGGUAAUUAGACCUAAUCGAAAACGAGUAAAGAGUAAGGAGUAAAGAAGCAGUUUUCGAAGACGGUAGAGACAAAACAUAAUUCCCUCGUCAAAUCAUGUUUUUUACACUUGAAUGCAUCAGCUUCAAUUACAUUCCCGCGCACGUGAGUAUGUUUCGCGGAAUGAGUCGACAGUCAGCGAUGUGACCAAUCAGAUAACAGAAUCUGGUAUCAUGGACGGCCGGCAUCAAAACGAAGCCGCCAUUUUCCCCUAGGCCAAGCUCGGCUCACUUCGCUCGCCAUUUGUCUUUCGCCCUUACUUGGGAGCCUGUUCGCAGGCUACUCUUUAGAUUCUUUCAGGAACAGCAUCCAUUUCAAGCAAAGUGGAACCUGAAUCUUGAAAGUGUAUAUGUAAAAGUAUGCAGCUCUUGCACGAAUUACCAAUGCAAUAUUUUCACAACUGUCUUUCCCUCGGUAUAGUUCUAAUUAUUCGAAUCAAUCAAAUUGAUUUGUUUUGUUUUGUUUUUAAACUAUCAACCAAUCAGCCCCGAAGGUCAGAUUCUGACCCUGUGGUUUGCGUGAAAGUGAGCUUCAAGUCCAUGAGGGGUUUUUCUCCUUCUCGCCGCUUCGCUAAGCUCGUUCUCAAUCACGCAGAGAAAAAAUAUCAAGAAAAAACCUCUUGGACCAGGGUACGAUACAAUCGAUACCAAUCAAAAAGUGAUUAUCGAUAGUUAUCGAUUUAUUGAUUGGUUUUCCGAUAUCGGUUUUUACAUGUAUCGAUUGCACCUCUACUGGCCGGAUUACAAUGCAGAAAUCAGAAAUGUCAGCUAUGAUUGUCCAUGAAAUCUUGCUUGCGCUUUUCCAAAUAAUUACAAAUUGGAUUUUCCUUUUUUCUAAGAAAACGACAAAGGCAAUCAGCAUUUCUGCCGGGGCUAUAGAAUAGAUAACCCAGCCAGCCGCCUAUUGGCAAAGGCUGGACAAAUAUUAAAAAUAUUGAUGCUUGUCCUCUAAAUACUUCAUAAGUUGUUUAUGCGGUUGAUAAAGGCUAACCACAUAUUAUAACUAAAGCCUAAUCAAAGAGUAGUUAGAACUAAAGCUUUUUCUUUGCUUAUUGUUAAUUAGGUGGCGGCGGUGGUGGGUUCUAUUCCAGUGGAAGAAGCUCGAGGCAUUUUGGUGGUUCCAUGGGGAGUGGGGGAGAAGGAGGCAAAGGAUUUCUUCAAGGAGGAGUUGGUGGAAGAUCCCAGUAUUACAAAGUCCACGGAGGGUUUGGUGGAGGCGGUGGUGCUUGUGGCAGCGGUGGAGGUGGUGGAGGCGGUGGAGGUUACUCUGGGGGAGGUAGUGGGGAUAAUCUCCAGUAUGCCUGUGGAGGAGGGGGAGGAUCCUAUAAUGCUGGAAAGAAUCAGCUAAAUGAAUGUUGUUAUAAUGCAGCUGGACAUGGUCGGGUGACCAUAACAUUAACAUAGAUUACAUACUGUAACUUAGCAAGUAGUGUGGGCUUAUUGUUACCUAAAAUAGCUUGUUAUACCGGUAACAAUGUAGUUCUGUAACGAACAUAAUCGAUGUCUUCACGGAUAACAUAAUGUUAAUUUCCUGAUGAAUUUGGAAAAAAAGGAAGUUAUAAUGUAUCCUCAUUGCAGAAUGCAGUUAUCAACACAUUUUUUAAUUGAGGUUCGUUCAACGCUCAUAAUAAUACUUUGAAGAUUGAAAGUCAUUCAUUGCUCUCCUUCUGUUCCGAAGUUAAAUCCUACGUAAUGCAGAAUUAAAGUGAUUUUCGUUAAGAUAGUGGAAGCCCGCAGAAGUACAACUUACAAUACUUUAAAACAUGUAAUACAAUAAAUAAUAUUUUCAACAUCUUCGGUACCUCUGACUGUAACUGAAUUAUUAUUACGAAGAAAACGCACCUUAAUCAGCGACAUUUCAAUACAAAAAUUUGUCUUUAAUUUACUACCUAAAAACAGUUGUUUGUUUAUUUUUUUGUAUGUUAUAUAUAUAUAUAUAUAUAUAUUAUAUUAUAUAUAUAUAUAUAUAUAUAUAUAUACAAUACAUAUAUACAUAUAUAUACAAUACAUAUAUAUAUAUAUACAAUUAACGAAAUGUAUUUCUCAGAGAAAACUCGCCCUGCAAUCAAUUACAGUACUAUUUCCGUCAAAAUUAAAAAAAAAAUAGAAAACUAUCUAUUAUGGCAAAACUGAAACGCCAAAGUGGUGAAACGUAUAAAUGCAACGUUUUUGUUCACUAUUUCCUGCAAACUAACUUAGAUGAAACAUUGCUGAGAAUAAAUUUCUUUUUUAAAAAGAUGUGACAUAUAUUGACAUAUUUUGUUCUGGCCUUUAGACCAGACUCCGCGUACGACUGGAGUACGAGUUUUAGCCGCGCGGAGGCUGGCACCAUUGACUUGGAUUUGCGCUCGCUGCAUGUCGUCAAAAUGCAAAUUGUAGAUGCUGCGACGAGUGCAGUAUUAACGGCCAUGUAGGGCUAUGUAGGUCUAUAUAGGGCUAUGAAGCGCUAUUUAGUAUAGAGCUGGGAACAGUUACAUUGCAUAUUAUAUAAAAUAAUGUGAAAUCACUAUAUGAUAGUUACACCAGUUACCUACCGCGGGGUGUGAUGGUUCUUCAGCUCACGGCUCGGUUUAUUACUAGACCAAUCAGGUGUGUUUGGUAUCUGUUGGUAGAGUCUUUUAAAAUUUGGUGGCUUUUAAAGAAGCCGUUGUUUUCUCCCGUUAAGUGUCAAAUUAGUUUUAAGAGUUAAGUUUUAGUAUAACCAUAUAUUAUUUUACACGGGUUGCCUCUUUAAAACAGCUUUCAAAAAUAAUUUCACCGGCCAAGCGUUGUUUCCACACAAACCACGAUCUCCAUGCUGAACCAUGUUUUGGCCCUAAUCAAUCCUUUAAUUAUAUAUGUAUUUUAAAAAUAGUUUGCAACGCUGGCUAUUAACAUGAAUUCUUGCAGCGGUACUAAAGUACCUCUUACUAGCUGCAAAGUCCCUAGUUUUGAAGCAAAAACCUUCUGUACGUAUUUGCUACGGUAGCAAAUACUCACUUACGUAGCAAAUACCUACCUCGAGUAGCAAAUACCCAUCCUCCGUAUUUGCUACGGUAGCAAAUACUCACUUAGAUAGCAAAUACCUACUAGUGAGUAUUUGCUACCGUAGCAAAUACCCAUUGAUCGUAGCAAAUACGCGCAUGAAUCUGCCUCUCUCUCCCGCUCUCCCAAAAAUAGGGGCAAAGAGUUUCACAUUUCAACAUUUAAUAUAGUUUCUUGGUAGAUUUGUAAUAACUCUUAAAAAAAUGUCAAAGAAAUCAAACAUGGUCCACCUAAAGAUUGCUUAACAGCUUACAUAUACCAACCUCUCUUUCUUCCUGAUACUCACUAAAGUACUAAAUUAAAUUAAACCGCAAUUCAAACCGGCAUGAGAGAGUGACUAUCUAUUACAAUUCGAAUUCUGACACAGGAGACCCAGAAAACCGGUAUUGAGCUGCAGAAAGCAGACUGCAGUCUGGAUACUGUAAGCACUUGAGCUAAGGUUUUAUAAAUCAUUUUCAAGAUAUCGAGAGGGGGAAAAGAGCCUCCUAAAAUAGCUGCGCUUUCAAAGGCUUUAAGUCAAGUCAUGAACUGCGUAAAGGGAAUUGAGUUUGGGCGACAUCCUUAGGAAGAAAGAUCCUUCAUUAGUGCUAGCUACAAAACCGGGUAAGUGAUAUGCAAAAAUUACCAAGGUAGACUAUUCUAAAUAUUUCAGUACCCUCUGAGAUUCAUAAAUAGACCUUUUCAGCUUGUAUGUUUUGUUUUCCUAAUUCAGACCACGUGAUGUUCUCCAGGGAAUUUGCAUUUUGUCUUUUCAUUAAGUAUGCAUACAUAUGCACGUGGGUGCACGGGCAUAUAAUGACAUUUGAGAAAAACAAUUCUUCUGGGGUACCAUCACAUGGUCUGAAAUGGGAAAACAAAACAUACAAGCUAAAAACGUCUAUUAGACGAUUUAUGCUUGUAUACCUAGUUUGAGAGUAAACCGUAUUGUUUAAUUGCGACAGCUAUUGAUUUGAGUUCUUAAAUCGCAGAGCCCAACAUUUUUGAGUUGAGGUACAUCCGCCAUCGCGACCAUUUGGUUUAGAACAAAAACGUUUGCAAGUGAACAUGGGGUUUAUGAAAAUUAGCCUGGGACCAGUCUCCGUAGUAGGGGAAAAAGGCAAAAAAAACUCGCUUUGGUCGCCGAUUUUUUUCUCGUUUUUCCCCCAAAGCGGAAGCCUGGUCCCUUGCCAAAAUAUAAAAUAGCGUGAAUUUGCUAAAAGGUGCCCGCUAGGUUUUCCCUUGUAUACUUACAUCACCCGUGUUCAAGCCAGGGUAGCCGAAUAAUAAUCUAGGUCGGCUUGCUGUCCUGCUAGGUGUCAGCAGAUAGCCCAGGCCCAGACCUAACAGUGGGUGGGUGAGUGGCAGUUCUGUGUCAGAGAAAAGAAAGAAAGUGAAAAGUCAAGAAAUUUUUCCUGAGGGCUAUCCCAGCCAAAUCAUUGCUCUGACAGAUAAUCAUAAUGUUAAUUGCAGAGCUGUAGGGUUAGUGAUUAACUAGUCAAGGCGCAUUUCGGAGGGGAUGGUAAGUUCUUGGUUCGUGGACUUGGCUCUCUUGAGACUGUUGUUUUCUUAAAACAAGUCGCUUACUUAACUUGAUUUUCCCCCAAUUUUUCCUUUCAAACCCUUUUUCCCUCAUGUUUUUGUGUUUAGCUUUUUAAGACUACAACACGAUGAAGCAAAUGAAAAGGGGUACCGAUAAUCUGUUAAGUGCAGAAGCCUUUGUCUUGAAUAAUUGAUGCUGCGGGCAUUAACAAGCUAAACAAUGUCAAGACAGAAGAAUUGAAGAAAUUUUUCGCAGCUUUGUACAGUAAAUGGCCUCUAAAAUUAUUCCAGUGGGUGAAAGAUGCUGCCAAGAUUUGCAAACCCGGCAAGUUUGUAAAUUCCACUAAAAGAACUCUUUGGUCAAUUCAUAAAAUCAAACUCCAAGGAGGACUUGAUACAUUACCUUUUCUACAAAAUUCUGUUGGAAUAGUGCAUUUAAAAGGUGGUAUGUAUUCAUGAUAUUUCAUGAGAACCAUGUGGAUUGCGCGAUUGAGACCUCGCAGUAAAAAUGAAACAUCGAAGUUCCUGAAACGCUGAUAAGUGCUAAUCCAGGACUAAAUUUUCUUCCAUCUUGGUAUUUACUUAGUCCUAUCUAUUGCGUAGAGUAAUGUUUUGUGUUUUUAGUAUCAUUACCUGUAUCUCGGUGUAAAGGCUCAAGAGCAUUUACUAGUAAGCUCCAGUCGAGUUACAUAUUCUUAGACAAGAAACCCUUGCUUAAAAUUUGGCUUAACGCUGACUAUCUUUCGAGGAACUAGGCCCUGUGUCCUUAUUUUUUGGCAGCUAAGUCUACAAAAAAAACAGAUCUGUUUAACUUUAGUCAUAACGGAAAAAGCAAGAUUAAAAGUUAUCCUCAUUGUUCCGUAAAGUUUGAAAAUUUGUUAGAAUUGUUUAAAAUAUAUGCUGUUGUCUGAUAGGCCAGAUACUCAGGCCACUCGUUUACUUCGUCUUUCAUGCAUGGUCGUCUUUAGAACUACCUUGCAAAUCCGCAUCUCAUCAGUUUCCGCGACCAGUUUUCGUUCAACGGUCGUCUAGAAAGCCGACAAUUUUCGUUUAGCACGACAGGAUUAUACAUGUAUACUUGCUCAAAAAUCUUGCUCACAUGAGUAGAUGCGGCCCUCCGGCCAAGUCUAAGUACAUUAUCUCGCUGAGUGAUUUCAAGAUCGUUUGUAUCAUACAAAUCUGAAGAAGGGCACCAUAGAAUUCUUUGAAAAAACUCACCAAACGUGUAUAUUGUUUUUUUUUUCUCAAAGGAGGCAUGAGAGAGUAACACUUUGUCAGACCCAGGUUGCUUACCAGAUUGGCAUGUCGACAUCCACGCUAUGUUUUGCUAAAAGUGGCAUUUUUUUGGAUGAACAUUGAGCGUAGGGAGGGACAAGCCUAUUUACCAGAUUUAUUGCCGUUGAUUUUUCGGAUUAACGCGUUUUCGACACCUGAGUUAUGGAGAUAUAAAACAAUAUCUCAUAAAGGGGGGUGAUGACAGGCACCCCAGAACUCCCCGCUAGCUACGCCCCUGAGAUUAACUAUUACAUGAUUAACGGACAAUUUUCCUCUUAGUUUCUCUUGUUUCACUCGUGAGCUGCCCGCUGAAACAUAGACUACGAGUAGUCCCCUAUUUUUCCUCAGGGAUAGUAGAGCGAGCGAAACGCGAGCGUGCGUGAAAAUCCCCCCACGCGAGAACUUGCGUGGGGUGAUUUUCACGCGCGCUCGCGUUUCGCUCGCUCUACUAUCCCUGAGGAAAAAUGGGGGACUACUCGUAGUCUAGCUGAAACAUGCAAAGAAAUCAAAGCAAGCGAAGGACAAGCAGAGAGCAAGAAGUACAGGCUGAGUACCAUUAAUUAAACCUGGUUCUGUGCUCGCUUUUAAUAUUGCGAUAAGUAGACUGAAGGAAAAUAAUUUUAAAAAUCUAUCAUAAGUUCUCCUUUCCUCUUAGAGCUAGCGAGCGGGGGAGCUCUCCAUUUAUGGCGAGCAUCUCCUUUCGCUUGCUACUCUCGCAUGAGCAAAAUAAUUGUUAGAGCAAAAAAUUGCUUCUGAAAAUAUUUUAAGGUCAUAUAUCUUGACUGUUAUUUCUUCAUUUGGGAUUUGUAUUCUCUUAUUUCAUUUCAUUUCUUUUGUUUAUUUCUUUAUUUACCAUCUAUAUUUAUGUUUAUCUUAUCAGUCGAGGAACACGAGCUCGGUGACUCUGUGUGCAUAAUAAGUUAAGGAACAUGUCAUUUUGGACCUUGAGUAAAGCGAAGGUUUCCAUACUAUAACCCUGACGGUACUCGGGCGGACAAAGUGGAUGAAGGCCAAACUUCAUCAUGUGGUUUUGUGUUUGAUAAAACACAUCCCGCUCAGUCAGUUUCGACACACAUUGAACUAUAGUCUGAAACGGAUACAAAGGAGCUUUUCGGCACUGAACUUGAAUAAUAGACCCUGAUCGACGCUGCAUGUUCUCGUUAAUGAAGACAGAGAAAAAUGCAAUACACGCACCACGAUGUGGAGGGAAACUUACAAGUAUCGGGGAAAAACUUGAAGGUUUAAUUCAAAGGAAAGAAGACAAAAUUCAUUUUAGACUGAGUACAAUCAAAUCUGUCAAGGCUUGCGAUGCUUUUCCUUUCAGUGACAAAAUCAUCCGCAUAAGCUACUAUGCGAUUUAAGGUUACUCAUAUCUUUGUUUCUCUUUCCAUAAUGCAACCAAUAUGAUUCCUUUCGUUUUUCUCCCUCUUUUUUCUUUUUUACGAUCUUUUAUAACCCAAGUCUGUGCCUUUGUACUGUUAACAUAAAGCCCCGUGCAAACUGACGAAACAUUGUUGCCAGCCAACAUCUCCCAACAUUGCUGGAUGCUACAUGUUGCGUCCGUUGCACACCCGAUUGCAUGUUGUUGCUCCGUUUGCACACCAAUGUCACCUCCAACAAUGUUGAGAGUUGUUGUUGCGUCUGUUUGCAGGUAGCUUUUAUAAGGCUUGUUUUUGUUGUAAAUUUUUAAUUAGGGUUGAUGAUAUAAAGUGUUUUAUAAACAUUUUUUUGGAAAAAUAAUUGUGCGUGUCUUGCUAGUGAAGACAAUUUAUUAUUAUUUUUUUUUUCACUCACGACAUAAAAUUAUGUUGACGAAUGCUCUGCUGGCUUCUACCCUAUGCGACGUCAAUGCUCAGUAUUCGAAUACGCAUAGGUCUUAUAGCUGCAGAAUGAUGCAUAGGUAGUUAUUAUAGAAAAGGAAACACUUUCAAAGGUUUGUAAAGGUGGUAGACCAGCUUUUGCAGUGAAAUUUUAAGUUUUAAGUCAAAAAGGUCAUUGGUAAGCUUUACGAAUAUUCACCUGGCCUCGGUGCUGUACAGAUUACAAAUUAUGGUCCUAAACUGAGGAUUGAUCCUUGAUGCAAUCGUAAAAGACCCUCCACACCCAUGUUCACUAAUUCGUUUCAGGGGUAUCCGACGAUAUCUAAUAUGGAUUUAUGAAUGAAACAAUUUCAUUUCUAAAUUUUCAUCUUAUUGAAAACCAUUGUAUGAACUUCCCUGGAAAGCUCCACCUAAAAGGGCGUGACAUACGGGUAUUUUGAUGGGAGGAAAUGCAUCUUAUCCACCCUCUCUGAAAAGACAACAUCGGUCGUGUUAGAGGCGCGCCUAUGCUUCUUUUUAAAAGGAAAAUGGUUCGACGUUAUGAAGAACAACAUCAGCAGUAUGACGUCAUUCAAAUGGUAUACUGAAUUUGUUACGAAAAAUGCGGGAUAAGGUCUGUUAACGGCAUAUUUGCCGUCUCAGUGAAUAUAGCGUUGUCAAUGUUUAUUUCGGUUAACAUUUUUUUGUGUGUUUCGCCGCCAUAAUAUUUUCAGACAUAAAUGAGUGCACUGCGGGAACUCCCAUAUAGCUGUGACGUCAAUGCUAUUUGUCAAAAUACCGUGGGCUCACACACGUGUUCAUAUAAGGCUGGCUAUGAGGGAAAUGGGAAACAAUGUUGCAGUAAGAACGGUUUCAAAGAAAUACAGAAAUAAGACUAGUGACCAUGCAUGUUGAAAUUCACACCACUGUUUUUCAGUAGUGUGGGCUCAAAAUUACCCAGUUCCCAUCCCACCAAAGUGCAUGUGAUGAUAGUGAAGACUAUUCAGACAAGCCUGCGAGUAAGCUCUCCAUUCUAAAUUGGGAGCGAAGAGAGCCCUGCAAGAACGCAAGAGCAAGCGGCUAUGGGCAGGAGAAAGGAGAGAAAUGUGGAAUUGUUUCGCUAUUUUUGUUGUUGUUGUUGUUGUCUUAUUUCCAGCCCCCUUUUUUUUUUUUUUUGACUCCGCUGCGCUGUUUCCUCUCUAGCAGAGCGCUUUUUAUGUUAGGUGACCCGCGAUCAUGACCAACUGCAAAGACGGGCUCAUUGAACCAACAAACUGUUAUGCAAGUCCAGCUCUAGUCCUUUCUCUCUGACGUACUGUACAACAACAACAACAACACCUUUAUUUGUACCCUACAUUGAUUUACAAUUGAUACAAAAAAAAUAGCUAAAAUAUGGUCAAAAGAGACUACAGGCUGCCCAAAAUAACCAUUGAGGGCUAAGAAGAUAGGGCAGCCUUACUUAGGUUAAUAAUAAAUGAUUAUGUUAAAGGGUUAGGAACCAUCGUCGGACACGUCCGCCAUCUUUCCUGACCGUUGGCCUCUCCAGUGUACGAGCAAAAACUCAUUCUCUCUUGGUACGAGUCAUCCAGAAGUGAACUUUAAGUCAUUCAAAUCAGCAUGUCAACACCGCAAGGGCUUUCCGUGAGCAACUCGAGUUUUUUUUUUUUCCUUUUAGUUUGUUUCUUCUUUUUAUUAUUAUUAUUAUUAUUAUUAUUUUUUUUAUUUUUUUUUUUAUUAAAACCAUAGUACCGACACGUAUUUGCUCGACUGCACUGUCAACGUAAAAUAUUGUGAAAUUUACUAUGAAUGCCUAAACGGCAAUAUAUUUAAAGAGUGUGACUGUACAAAUAUCCGCGUACGGAAUUGUAUAUCUGCAAAACAGAAUUUUUUGGUAAAAAGCUCAUUUCAAUUCUUUUGGGGGGAGGUGAAAACAGGAUCUCUAAUUCCAUUUACAAAACGGACCGGGAAACAAGGAUCGUAAAAUGUCAAUUAUUGGCCUUUCAUUUCUUUGUAGAACUAGAAAAUUCCGAUUAGCAUACAACUCGUUCGAUCACGUACCAUGAUGAUGAGUAACUUAGUUAAUUUAGUCUUAAAGAUUGAUUCAUUCAUCCAUUUACUUUUUUUUCAAAAACUUAAUAUGGCAAGCGAUUUCACUUUCAAUAUUUUUCAAAACAGCAACCACAAACAUUAGUAUUUUGGUAGAUUUGCCAGAAUAACAAUCUCAAAAUGUCAAACAAGUUAAACAUGAGAUGAUCCACUUACUUGCGGCUUAGCUGAGCCCGCCCUCCUUGUUUGAUACUUUCUGAAGCAGUUAAUUAGAACUUAUAAUUAUAUUUGAACAAGGACCCGUUUGCAAGAGUGAAUAUUUACUCUUCUUAAAAUUUUGAGGCAGCAGCUGAAUCAAACUAUUAACACUCGAUAUUGAGUUGCACAAAGUGAACUGCAAGCUUGCUAAAUAGUAGUUUGGUUCAGGUUUCAAAUAACAUUUUUUAGAAUCGUCAGUCACGAUUAGUUUGAAGAGAGAAGGGGGAAAUAACCUGCAAAAACGUUGCGCUAUCAAAACCCUUUCAAACAGUAAAGUCACCAACUGCGUAAAAGGAGGCUAGUUUUGGCCACAUCCUUAGCAAGAGAGAUUCUUUAAGGUGCAUGCUGCCUUAAAAACACGAGGUAAGUGAUAUCCAAAAAUCACUAAGGUAGACUAUAAUUAUAUCCAAAUAUUCCGCUACCCUCUGAGAAUAUUUUUCAUGAACUAAACUAUUUAUGCUUGUAUACCUAGUUUGAGAGUAAACCAAACUGUUUAAUGACGACAGCUAUCAAUUUGGUUUUCUAAAUCGCAGAACCCAAAAUGUUAACGCUGAGUACAUCCACCGACACCCUCCAGUUAAGAACAAAAAAGGUUAUAUGUGAACAUGAGGUUCAUGAAACGAAAAUUGCCAAAAUAUAUAAACCUAAUUAUAUUUCUUUGAAAUGGCUAAUUCAUGAGGUAGGGGUGACAUGGGUCGUGUCCAGCUAAAGACCUCGAACUUUUUAAUUUGUAAUUUUUUUGAAUGGCAAUACUAAAAGGGAUAUUGCACGAAGUUAACGCUGAAAUUCUCAGUUAGCUAAUUUUCAAACCGUUUUUCCACUUUUUUUUUGCUUAACUUUUUAAGACUGCAAAACGAUGCAACAAACGAAAGGGGAAAUUCAAUCUACAAGUGUAGAAGCGUUAAUGACUUGCAGUAGUAACUUUUAGAGAAAAGGUUUUGAAUAAUUGAUGCUGCAGGCAUUAACAAACUAAAGAACGCCAAAACAGAAAGACUUGAAGAAAUUCUACGUGGCUUCAUAAAAUAAGUGGCCACUACAAUUGUUCCAAAGGGUGAGGUCGAUGACGCCAGAAUUCGCCCAGCAAUCCAGUUUGUAAAAUCAACUAAUUCCCUGGUUAAUUCAUAAAAUCAAUCUUUAAGGAAGGCUUGAUUUGAUACAUAACCUCUCUAGAAAAUUCGGCUUAAAUAGUAAGGUAGUGCAAAAACUCUGAAAUAACUGAGGAGCGGGCACAAAAGUUAGAAACUACGAAAUUGAUGAAAAAAAACCAUGUGGAAUUCCCCUAAAAAAAAAAAAAAAAAAAGUCUCAUUUGUAUUGUCUACACCUUGGAUUUCAGCUGAUUUCACUAGCACCGCCUCCAAACGUUAGACCUGCAUAUUAAAGUAAAUAGCAACCAAGUGAAAGUAUUGUUAGAAGAGGCUUCAUAAAUUUGUCUGAUCUGGAAAACCAGGAAAUAAGGACGAAGUUAGCAGUAAUGGUCAAACAAGCUUGCAUAACUGAAAUAAAAGGAAUCGCAUAAAUCUGUGUUCAUGUCUUCCUUUGGACCAAAAGCGCAAAAAUCAUCAUCAAAGGGAAAAUGGCUACUGACAAUACUCGUCAAAUUUGUUGAAACACUUGUCACGUUUAGCCCUCCCCCAUGUCAAUUCACUUAUCACUCAUUUGCAAAUAUAUGCCAGUCACAAAGCAUUGGGAAAGGAGAGAACAAGUACAAACGGAAAAAAGUUGGGUAAGUUGGUUGAGAAGGAGUGAGUUGAAAAAGACCCCAGUUUCAGUCUAGUGUGCAACGAAAUUUUACGAGUAUUGUUAAACAAUGAGAUUCCAUAUUGCCGUGGGUCUGUUCAAUAAUAGAUCACAGAUGACGUCAAAAUGUGGUUAAAACAAAGAAGUGGCGCAGAGCCGCAGGCGAGUGUGUCACUGAUGUUUUUAGGCAUUCUUAAGUUGUGAAGAGCUCUUUCUCUCCGUUUCUCCAUUUUUAUUCUUUGCAAAUAGCUCUUGCUAACUUGUUUUUCGAGACUUUCACUUGCUUUAAUCCGAAAUGAUGUCACAAACAUUUUCAAAACCGCUCUCUAUGUUGAACAGAACUAAAAGAAAACAAGUUUCCGUGACGCCAUCCAUGUAUGUGUACUCCAAUGGAUCAUAGGCAACGACCAAUCACAGCGCGCGUAGCAUUCACAUCACUGUAUAAUGUGCGUUGCUAUCGUUACCUUAGUCCUGGUAUCAUCUACAUAUUACCAUGGCAUGACUGGGAAUUUAAGGUAUCGCUAAAAUUUAAAUCAUUUAUUAACACAAGGGAAAGCCACGGCCCCAGCUUUGUCCUUAGGUUACUUAAAAUAAGUCUUACUAAGUUAUUGUCAUCGGUCAGAUGAACCAUCCCUACUAUAAUUAAUUACUUUCCGAGAAUAUAGUUUCUACUAGUAUGACUUUUUGUAUACAUGACAUUUUUUUCAGUUCUGUCAAAAUGACGGCGAGUUACACCAUUAGUAUCGCAUUCCUUUUUAUGCUGAUUCAUAUAUUCAUUGAAACAAUCUGUCAACAAUGCAUCAAUGGUGGGUCAGAGGAAUCCAUCUUGGGUUGGAAGCUGCAAAAUCACGUCUACAAGACGCUAAAGGCAAACUUUGGAUAUGAGUGCGUACUUAUUUGUCGUCAGGACAGCAGGUGCCAAAGUUUCAAUUGGGUGAUCUCUCUUGACAUGUGUGAGUUCAGCGACAGAACCAAAGAAGCCAGACCUAAGGAUUUUGUUCCCGAUCCAGACAGAUAUUACUACAGGCGAGACAUGAAUCGAGGUGAAGUUUAUGUUAUUAAGAUCAUUCUCUCAGUAUUGACAGAAGUUUUUAAAGGACCCCAGUGCAAUUUUCGUGGCGUCAUACCCGGAGACAUCUAAAUUUCAGUCAUCAUUUCCAAGGAAUAUUUACGGCGUUAAUUUGUUAGAAAAAUUGACAAAUUAACUGAUCAAUAUAAAACAGACAACAAAAAAGGCUGUGCGUUUUAAGAAAGAGGUACUAUGUAUGCGCAAACUUUCAUGUCCAGCCAUAAAAUAACUUGAAAAUGACAACAUUUUGCGCGAUUGAGACCUUGUAACGAAAAUUAAUUAUCGGCAUCCCUAUUAUUGGGUGUUUCUUCAGUGCCGCGGAAACCAUUCUUGGUUCGCUUCUGUGGUUAGUGUCUAAUCAUUCGUUUGUAUAGUAUUACGUCACUAAGUGAUUGCACCAAUCCGCAACGCCAAGAAACCACCUUAUUUGGCAGGUUAUUCUAAAAGAAAAAUUUGUGUGUUUACUUUUAGUCUUGCCGGGAAAAGCUUUAUUAAAACUUCUCCUCAAUGUUUGUAGUUUUAUAUUUUGUUAAAAAUCGGUGCCGCUGCUGCUGUCCCGCGAUAAGAUACUCCGGCCAGUCGUCUACUUCGUCUCUCACAUUAUGAUCAUUCAUGGUUUUAAUAGCGGAGCACUAUGCGUAUGAAAAAAUUGUAAAUCUUAAUUAAUGUUUACAUUGACGUGGAUAACAGAGAAAGUGCUAAAAAUGAAAAACAAAGAAGACGAAUUUCGUUGAAAGGACAACAUGAACAUUAUGUAGUGCGGUGAGAAGAUGAGAAAUGCUAGCGACCUGAGUAAGGUGAAAAUGAGCAGCAGUGAAGAAAAAAGAAAAUUAAGCAAAAAAUUAUUUGUGAACACAUACGAAAUUUCCUCCAUGAAACGUGUAACUAGGAAGGUUCAACAACGGCAAAAAUGUAGAAGCAAGUAUACUGCACGUGCAAAGUCGUUGCCGUCGCCGUUGCAUUGUAUUUUGAUAAAUGCAGUCUACUUUCUUUUGUUUAAACGCAAUAACAUUUCACAAAUUUGACAUUUUAAUAGUUUAUGUGAGAAUGACUCAAGAGGUUUGCUUGUAGAUUAUUUUUCCCGUAAAUCAGCUAGUCCUUCCACUGUAUCAAAUGUUAAGCACAGAAUUGAAAAGUUUCUUCACAGUGGUUUCAAGUUUUUUUUUUUUUUUCCGUUUGAGUAAAUUAUAAGUUUCUCUACGAGAGCUUCGUUUUUUGCCUUGCCUAAAUCUAUAUAUUAGAGUUAUAUUACCUCUCCAAGCCCUAAGAACAAGUUCAGUUCCCUCGAACGGACCAGUUUCUUCAUUCCAUGGUCCUCUACAGUAGAUAGCCGACAAUUUUCGUGCAUCGAGGCGAGUAGAUGUGGCCUAACUUAAACAGUGCUCCAGUACAACUUGUCGCUAAUUAUUGAUUAUUUUCAACAUCGUUUGUGCAUGUAUAUUAAGGGCACUAUAGAAUUCCUUGAAGGAACUUCACCAAACGUGCAUGUUAUUGAUGUCUCAAAGUUUCUAGCAAUGAUCAUCGAUUCGAUGCUGACAAUUUAAUUUCAGAAUAACCAUUAGAUAAUUAAUGGAACAUUUUACUCUUUAGUUCCCCUUGGAUCCACUCCUGAGCUUCCAGCUGAAACAUGUAAAGAAAUCAAAGCAAGUGAAGGGGAGGCAGAGAGCAAGAAGUACUGGCUGAGUACCAUUAAACCUGGUAUUCCUUUGCUCGCUUAUUGCGAUAUGAAGACUGAAGGUAAAUAUAAUUGUACAGCCUACGAAAUGAUAAAUCGACUCCGAAAUGAUACCCAAUUUUUUUUUUGCUUCUACCCCGAAUUAAUUAAUUAUAUCUUGACUAUCAUUAAUUCAUUUGGGGAUUGUAUUUUCUUAUUUUAUUUCUUAUUUAUUUAUUUAUUUAUUUAUUUAUUUAUUUAUUUAUUUGUUUGUUUAUUUAUUUAAGUAACAUGUCAUUUUGGUCCUUGAGUAAGGCGGUUUCCAUAUUAUAACCCUAGCGGUAACCGGCAAAAGUGGAUAGAGGCCAAAAUUCAUCAUGUGGUUCUGUUUUUCAUCAAACACAUCCCGCUCAGUCAGUUUUUAUACAAUUGAAGGUUGCUGACAGGUCAAGUAGUAUAGGUUGCAGAAUUCAGCACUUAAGCCAACGCUUGACAAAUCCUUUCUUCCUUUUGUCCAAGAACAGGCUAGACCAGACGCAAUUGACAGGUUGAUGCCUGAUACAGGUAGUAACAGGCAACUGCACAUCCAGGGACCUGGCCAAUAAUGAUUUUGACAUUGAGUCGAGAGUGCAAGAUUUUUUUUGUUAGAUUUCUGAAGAACGUACACAUAUUCUUCCGUAAAGGAGCUGGAAGUUACUAACCAGGGCCCGGUUGCAUAAAACGUCCGUAACAACUACGGGUACACGUACGUGCACUCGUAACUUAAGUCAGUUGCAUGAAAUCACUUAAGUGGUCCACUUAGGGAAUUCACUUAAGUGGUUGCACUUACGAUUUUCGUAAGUGUUCACUUAAGUGUCGUUUAUGCAAUAGAAAUUGCGGGUGUUGCAUAAAACUUUUUUUACGGGAAAAAUAGCACGUAAAUUUACGGGACCUAUGUAGGUCCCGUAUCGUUACUGUUUUUACUAAAUUUAACGAGAUCUUUUACUGAGAAGUGAAAAAAAGUAUUUUUCUUCACGUAAUUCGUUCUAAUGCGCUUUGUUAACCUCUGAUGUACACUUUUGUGAAAAAAGAAGAAGAACUGUCAUUUUCAGUAGAUAUUGAAGAAAAAUAACGUUUGCAUGCAAAUUUCAUUAUUUGAGAGGCUUAAAAGUGUUCGAAACGACUUUUAACUUCCUUUACACUCACCGAUGGUUAUCUUAAAAAAAAAGAGUGAAUCAUUAAUAAAGUACUUUAUCAAGGUUACGUGUCCCCUUAAGUGAGCCCGUAAGUUACCACGUAAAACAGAAACUUACGAGAGUGCUACGUGUGUUCCAUGCAACACCCGUAAGUGUACCCAUGACGGAUUCGUAAGUGACCUACUUAAGUGAGCACUUAAGUGCAGGUUUUAUGCAACCGGGCCCAGUUGCGUGUUAUCAAGACCUGUGAAUAUCAACCAGCAUUAGAUCAUCCGGGAGUGCAUCACAGGCGAUUUGACUGAGGUGUCAAUGCCUGCGUCAAUGUCAGUCACAACAAAUCUAUUGAAUCUUUCUCACACAGAACUGCCAGUAUCAGUGCCAACUUAUCAGGGCAACUCAUUUGUCUUUACUCAUAUCUUUGUCUCCUUACCCUAUGCAUGCAACUAUUUCUUCUUGUAUCUCUCUCUUUUUUUUCUCUUUUAUGGUCCUUUAUAACCCAGUUGUCUCUGUAAUGUUAACUCAACAGGGGCACCCAACGACGGUUUCCUGAGCUAAAGACACUGAAAAUGCUUUUUAGGCUGUCCAGAGUACUUUUAGAUCUCUAGAAAUGCAUUCUAAGCGGCGCUAUAAAAUUUGUACUUGUUCGGUCAUCCUAGGGAAACUUGAGGCUUUUCGAAUUACAAGAGCUUUAGUUUCUUCAGUGAUUAUAAUUUACCGAAAAUUUUAGAUGCAAUGUAAUAUAGCGAGUACGAAAGUGAGAUUUUUUUCUGAUUCCUCUCUCCAUCGUAUUAUUGAAUCCGAGAAUUUCAGGUUUUACCUUUGUCUACAAAAAUAGCCUAACCUGGGGACGUGAAAUGUGAAAAAUUGAACUUAAGAAAGUCGUAGGGGAAUUUAUUAGAUAAGCGUCGAAAAUUGUAUGUGAAUGAAACGGUCUACUAGGAAUUGUUAGCCGCCCUCAAGCUAUAGAACAUUCUAGGCAAUAUUUGCUUCCCCGAACAGAUAUUUUACGGAAAACAGUCGUUAGUGCCCCUGACUCAAUGUUUGUUUAUUAACACGUGAUAAAGUGUUUUAAAAAGUUUUAGGCAAACUUGUGCGUGCGUUGCUAGUGAAGACAGGUUUUAAUCAAAAUUCUCUUUUUUUUACUCAGAUAUCAACGAAUGUACUGCCUCUUCUCCGCUAUGUGACGUCAAUGCUCAAUGCUCGAAUACUCGUGGUUCUUAUACCUGCAGAUGCAAAGUUGGUUUUUCUGGAAACGGAAAAACUUGCAAAGGUUUGUGAAGGCUUGUGUGGUAGAGAAUCUUGAGCCAUACUUUGCACAAUUUUACCUUGCGGUAAAGUAUUUAUUUUCGUUGAAAUGAUCGUUGAUGCUGACAAUCAACAUACUUGCAAUGUCCUUUCGCAUGCGAAAAAAUGCUAACCAUGAAGGUGAAAUAAUGGCGUUGUCAAUUUUCACUGUGUUUGAACAUACUCUUAUUCAUCAUCAAAUGUUUAUUUUCAGACAUAAAUGAGUGCACUACGAACUCUCAUAGCUGUGACGUCAACGCUGUUUGUCAAAAUACUGCGGGCUCACACACCUGUUCGUGUAAGGCAGGAUAUACAGGGGAUGGAAAAACAUGUGAUG